AUGUCGCUCCAAUCGACAUGGUCCUGCCUUCGGCCAGCCGCCUCUCGGCGUGUGCUGUCAGCAGCAGCAACGUCACGAGCGGCGUUUAGCACCACGUCCUCCCUCAGCAACAUCCCCCCCGAAUCACCGUCCUACAUCCGGCUCCCGAAGGUGCCGCAGUCUACCGAGGGCAAGCCAGAUCGGAUACGCGGUACUCUGCCCGUGCCACGUGAGAUCUUCGACCGCCGCGAUGGCGACCGCAAGGUGCGGCCCGAGUACCUGACCCAGACCGCGCCGCAGCGCACCACCGACCGCCCUCUCAAGAGCGACGCGCAGCGGUGGAAGAAGCAGCUUGCCGACAGCCGCCGGAAGAACCUGGAGGAGGGCCUGCAGGGCCUGUGGCAGCGCUACGAGACCCGUGAGAAGGGGCGCGCGGCGCGGCGCGACCGUGCGGAGCGCACCGUCCGCCUCGCCCGGGAGGCCCCAGAGCCGCGCGCCGCCGUCAUGACCCGCGGCACCGUGCUGGCCGCGGUCGCCGAUCGAGAAGGCUGA